AGCAAACAAAAAGUGUAAAGUACAGAAAAGAGAAGUAAAAAUUAAAAUCUUCGCCCUCAGAGCUAACUUGUUGCUCGUCUUUCAGAUAUUAUGGCGUGUCUGCGAGAACUGAAGCUAGAGAUCAAGGCAUUGGAGAAGAUCUUCACCAAGACCCACGAUCGCUUCCAGACACUAAACUCCAGCCUGGACGAAAUCGAGUUUCGCUUCAUCGACGAGAGCGGCAAGCGAUACGACAUCAUGGCCAGCAUCCCCCCGGACUACCCUACGUCGCCGCCAGUCUGGUAUGCCGAGAGCGAGGAGACGAGUGUGGCCAGUGCCGUGCAAGUGCUCAGCCACACGGAUGGGCCCGACAAUCACCUGAUCUGCCAGGUUCGCAUUCUGCUCCAUGAGCUCUGUCAGUUGCACAAUGUGCCACUGCCGGCCGAUGUGGUCAAUCUGAAGUUUCCAGUCGACGCGCCCCCUUCCGAGGAGCCGUUCGCCUCCGUCGAAGAAGCCGACUCCGAUGACGUCGAGCUCGAUUAUGCCGAUGGGGAAAACAUAGAUCAAGAGCAGGAGACCGAUGCCAAGGACGAGGAUGAGUCCGAAAUGGAUAUGUUAAUAGAUGCGGACGCUGGCGAUGAAAGCAAUGAAGGCAUGAAAAAGGAAGAUGCGGAAACACUCGAUAGACUGCGUAGGCAAUUAAGGAAAUAUCAUAUGGAGGGCUCCAAAGAAUACUCUGUACAGUCGACCGAUCGCUUGAUGAAGGAGCUCCGUACUGUUUAUCAAUCGGAUGCCGUUAAAACAGACCAUUUUUCGGUGGACCUCGUCAAUGACUCUCUUUACGAGUGGAACGUCCGCAUCAAGCGUGUGGAUCCGGACAGCACACUGCACCAGGAUCUGCUGAAGCUGAAGGAAUCGGGCGACGAGGGGAUCGUUCUUCUUCGCAUCAACUUCAGCGACAAGUAUCCAUUCGAGCCACCAUUUGUGCGCGUUGUGUCGCCAGUCAUCCAACACGGAUUUGUGCUCUCGGGAGGUGCCAUAUGCAUGGAGCUGCUGACGAAACAGGGCUGGAGCUCCGCCUACACCAUGGAGGCGAUGAUUAUUCAAAUAGGUGCCACUCUCACCAGGGGCAGUGCCCGGGCUGUGUUGGAUCCGAAGUUGCGCGAAGGUCGCCAGUACAACCUGCCUCAAGCCAGGAAAAAUUUCCAGUAUAUUAUGAAGUUUCACGAACAUGGUGGCUGGUUUACACCGCCCAAGAGCGAAGGCUAAGGGCUAGUACAUUGAUCUGAUCUCAUUAACAAGCACCAUAAACCACAAACCAACACUCGUCCCACAUUCUACCACACUCUACACGUAUUCUAAAUGUAUAAGCAAGUU